AUGCCCUCGAGAAUGUCCACUGGCUACUACUACAACGAGGCGGACCUCGCCAUGAUGGACAUGUUCCCCGGAAGCACCUGCCAGCCCACGUCGUCCGCCAUGUACGCCCCUUGCCAGAUGCAGCAGAUGGCUCCCCGCCAAUUGCUCGACGCCCGGCCGCACCCCAUCGCCAUGAACGGAUACGUCCCCCACCAGCAGUCGCCCGCCCUUCCCGCCCACGGUUCGUUCCCGCAGCAGGAGUACUGGACCCCGCAGCACUCGAUGGCUCCGCAACCGUCACUGGCCGUUCCUUCGUUACCCCCGUACGCCACGCCCACCAUGGCUUACGCCCAGCCCCAAGCCAUGACGCCGGAGAGCACCCUCCCCUCGAGCUACACGCUGGUCCCGCGCGGCUCGAGAUCGCCGUCCGCGUCCACCGGCGCCUUCUCUCCGCAGCCUUCCGUGGACGGCAGCGUUGCCGAGUACUCGCGCUCCAUCUCGCCCAGCGCCAACUCGGCGGACCUGCGUGCAUACGGCUACCUGAACAAGAACGGCACGUGGACGUGCGCUUACCCCGGCUGCACCUCCAAGGCCGUCUUCACCCGCGGCUGCGACCUCAGGAAGCACCACAAGCGCCACACCAAGUCCUUCUUCUGCAGGCACGAGGGCUGCCCGCAGGCCACCGGCGGAGGAUUUUCCAGCAAAAAGGACCUGGCGCGGCACGAAGCGAAGCACAACCCCGGCGUCGUGUGCGAGUGGGACGGGUGCGAGAGGAUCUUCAGCAGAGUGGACAACAUGAGGGACCACGUCAAGCGCAUACAUCUCAAGGGCGCCCGGCCAGUGCCCGGCAAGCGCACCACGACUGCGUAA